UCAUCACAUGACUACCAAUACUAUUUCGCGUUGAGCCUUGAUGACUUGAGUCUUGAGAGACACCAAAAAGUGGAAUUUUGCAUUGGAUAGAACUCUGUUAAUUAAAAUGGAGCAAAAUCUAGACAAACUUUUAGAUGACACAAUGGAAGGCCCUGGAGUUAUGGGAGUUAUUUGUGCCGACAAACAGGGACUCUGCUACAGCGCUAAAGGAACAGUGUCUGUAGGAUCUGCAGGUAUCAUAGCUUCUCUUUCCCAGCAGGCAGCCCUCCUAGUACCAGAGAGCAGCAGUGCCCCAGUCAUUUGUCUAGAGUCGGAUAAAGGGAAUGUCUUGAUCAAGACACAUCAGGAUGUUACGAUAGCAAUCCACAAGAUGCCAACAUACUGAGAGGUUGCUUGGAACUAAUUUGUUUAAAGACAUUGAAUGGGACCGUGCCAACCAAAAGAGUAAACAUAUAUAUAUAUAUACAAGGAGCAAAAGUGAACGCAGUUCCUGCCCAUGAAGUCCAUGGCGAGAUGACUACAUUAAUUCCUGUUAUUAUAUCAAGCUGGAGGCUCUUCUUUUCCCCCUCUGAUUUCUAAGAGAAAAUGUGUUGUGAUAGUCUUUGAGGCCCAAUGAGUGCUUACUGAUAUCGGUCACUUGAUAUACCUUUAAAUUAAUGAUGUCAUUGGGCUUGAGAUGGUGCAUGCUAAGAGCUUCUCUAGGCAGUACCGUAUCAUGACUAGGUUAGUUAAUGCACAAACAGCUAACUUAUUAAUAUGUUGCAGCAAAUGACAUAGACUAUGUGCAUAGAUCAUAUCACUGCUCAUUGAGAUUUUUGAAAGCACCAUUUAGCAGCCUGACAAUGACAUUGCUUUUAAACAGUUUCAUAAUGUUACACUUCUUUUUUGCUUAUUUCCAUAUCCAUUGAAUAUCAGAUGUUAAUCACAUUUUCUAUAAAAAAUAUGUGAUCAGCAUAUGAUCUAUCCAGGACUACAAUCAAUAGGUAUGUAAACAAAUAUAUGUAUAGAUUUAUUUAUUCCCCUGUUCAUUGAACAAUUAAUGCAUUCAAGGAUAAGCUACCCAGCCUGUCUUUAGAUGCCAUGGAAUAUAGGCUUACUCCUUUAUUAUAUUUGUUAGUUUUAUUAUUAUAUUUGUUGAACUUGUGUUGGUAACUUGAUAGAUUAGAUAAUAUGAAUUGUGUUGGUAACUUGGUAGAUUAGAUAAUGUGAUUUUCGUUUCAGACAAGGAUUUCCACAUGCUGGUCACAUACAUUAUAACAUCAUUUUUGUUGGUAAUAGAUUUUGGAUCUUGUUAUAUAAUAAGAGAAAUUACAAAAAAUGAAGGUCAUAUCCUUUAUGUUAAAGCAGGAAUAAAGAGACGUUUAGAGAAAUGUGAAUGUACGUUUCAAACCUACCACAACUCUCAUACUAAGUCACACCAUCUACUCCAGACCAUCUACAGACCCCCCCCCCCCCCCCGAAAAAAAAUAAAAAAUAAACAAAUCUUACCCUGAAUGGCCAAGAAUUUGUUGGUUUGGAGUUGAUUUGGCAGUGUGACUUAAGUUUUAUAAAGUCCUUCAUUAAUCUGGAUAAAUUGAAGAUGUGAUAGAACAGGUGGCAAUUGCUUGUUGCUUGUCAGAUUCUUGAUUUAUAUGCUAUUUGGUUUGUUGAAGUUUUGAAUGAAUUCUGUACAUUUUCAAAGUGAAAUUAUUAUUUUAUUAUUACUAUCAAUGUGACAUGGUAAUAUUAAAAGCUGUCUCGUUGUCACUUAGAUGUACAUGUUUCCACAUAUCAUGUAAUUAAAAGAUGAUAUUGACAUUUAAGUUGAUUAUAAAAUUCAUGUACAACCUCAUUGAUUUUCCAAACUUUUAUUCUGGAUUAAAUUUUGUUAUAAUUCUAUGUGGUUUUUCAGAUUUUUGAUGUUAAUGUAUAGAUGUAAGAUCUGAAGAAAUACAAGCACUAGAGUUUACAAUGUAAGUGAAUACACAAACAUUCUUUUGCAAUAAAAAGACAUUGAAAAACAA